GGCGUACAGCUUCCGGGUUGUCAUUUCACAACAGUGCAGUUGUGACAUUUCAUUAAGAAUUCUCUUAAUAAUGGCAAAUUAAACACAAUAUAAUUUUAAGCACAGAGCGGCGUGCGUUUUUUGUUCCGCGUUGACCCGUGUCAGCUAACUCGCCGGCAUCAUGUUGCCUUUUCUGAGCGUCAGAUAAUAUUCAGCCUUCAAAUGAUGUUAUAUUUAUUACAUUAUAUUAUAUUUCCGCCGCCAUGACCGCGUUGCGACGUCGGACGUCGGAAACUUUGCAAGUGGCCGAAAAGGAGGAGGAGGAGGAGGACAAACACGGCGACGAUGGUCGAGUAAAAGAUGAAGUGGCCGAAGAAAAGGAGCGGAAAGGAGGCGACGAUGAAGAAGGUCGCGAGAGGAAAGAGGACGAGUCGGACAAACGGGAGGAGGACGAGGAGGAGGAGGAGACCGGAAGAGCAUCCAAACGUCCUGCGUUGAGCGCCAUUCAGCACGUACUGCGGCUCUUCUUCGGAUGCUUGGCGGCGGUGGCGUGCGGCACGCUUUACGCCGCCUACCUUUCAGCGUUUCACGAGAGGAAGUUCUGGUUCUCGACGAGGCAGGAAGUGGAGCGGGAGCUCACCUUCCAAGGAGGGAGCGGCAUUUACUACUACUACUACAAGCACUUGCUGGCGGCCACGUCCUUCAACCGAGCCUUCUACGAGCUGACGGCGGACGACGGGACGGUGGCGGGCCAGACCAUCAACGCCGUGGAGCGUCUGUCUUUGUAUCCCGAAGUGGUCACCAGCUACGUUUACAGAGUGUCCGGCGGGAAGGAUUUUGUGGAGCCCAUCUACUUCUACGUGGGCACGGUGUUGGCGCUGCAGGCGGCGUACGCCACGGCGCUGUUCGUCUGCAGCUGGCUGAUGAGCGGCACCUGGGCGGCCGGCGCGCUGGCGGUGGCCUGGUACGCGGUCAGCAGAGCCGACGCCACCAAAGUGGAGCAGGCGCUUCCGCUGCGGGAGAACUGGGCUCUGCCAUGUUACGCCUGCCAGGUGGCGGCGCUCACGGGCUUCCUGUCCAAUAACGUCGGCUCGCCGGCUGAGCUGUUGUGCUUUGUGAGCAUGAGCGGCAGCACCUUAACCUUCCUGCUGGUGUGGGAGCACAGCCACUACGUGCUGUUCGUCCAGGCCUUCUGCCUCUUCCUUCUGGACUCCUUGGACCUGGUGCCGCCUCGAAAGAUGUCCGACAUCCACAAGGUGUACUUGAGCUCCUUGCUGCUGGCUUUCUUCUUCCAUUUCCACAAGGCGGCGCUGCUGGGCUCGCCGCUGCUCAGCCUCCUGAUUGGCUCCGGUCUGGCGAGGUACCUCCAGCAAACGAUGAAGAAGGGCCCCCUGGUGGCCAGAUUGCUGAAGCUCUUCCUGCAUUUCCACUUGGUGUUCAGCACCAGCGCCAGCUUCAACUAUUUCGUCAAGAAAAUUGUGCCCGGAGGCGAAGGUGAAUUCGUCUUGAAGUUCCUGGAGGUCAAGUUUGGGCUCAGUACGACAAACGACUUUACGAGCAACUUCCUGGCGUGCCAAGCGGGUCUCGGCUCCCCCGGUCCGGAUUUGUUCCUGCGCCUGACUCGCGCGUCCGUCCUGCCGUUCUACCUGCUGGUUCUGGCCGUCUGCGCGGCCUCCGCGCUGCAGGCCGUCCGCGCCAGACUCAGCGGCCGGCGGCCCCCGCGGGACGGCCGCGUGGGCGAGCGUCCCGAGGUGGUCUACCACGUCCUUCACACGCUGAUCUUGGGCGGCCUGACGCUGCUCUUCGACGGGAUGAAAUACUUGUGGACGCCGUACGUGUGCGCGUUUGCGGCGUUCGGCGUGUGCUCGCCGGACCUGUGGAUGAGCGUCUUCGGGUGGCUCCGGGUCAAGUCGGUCCAGCCCGUGGUCCUGUCUUUAAUCCUGAGCGUGGCCGUGCCGACCAUCAUCGGCUUCAGCCUGUGGCGAGAGUACUGCCCCCGCAUCUUGGCCGAGCUGUCGGAGCUUCAGGAGUUCCGCGACCCCGACGCGGCCGAGCUGAUCGGCUGGAUCCGGACCGGCCUCCCGGCGGCGGCCGUGUUCGCGGGCAGCCCUCGGCUCCUGGGAGCCGUCAAGGCGGGCACCGGCGCCGCCGUCACCGGCUUGCCGCUGCACUCGGACGUCGACAUGCUGAGGAGGAGCGAGGACACGUACCAGGUGUACUCCAUGCGCUCCGCCGAGGAGGUCUACAAGAUCCUGACCGCCCGCAAGGCCAACUACGUGAUCGUGGAGGAGUCCUUGUGCAACCAGCCGGCUUCGGACCGCGGCUGCCGCGUCAAGGACCUGCUGGACGUCUCCAACGGACACGUGCUCGACGACGACGCCGAGACCUUGGCCUUCUCCGGGCGCCGCCGCUUCUGCCACGAGAUCAAGACCGACCGCUCGCCCUACGCCAACUACUUCACCCGCGUCUUCUGGAACCGCUCCUACCACGUCUACAGAGUCAACGCCGUCAUCUCCUUCCAGUACUAAAUGCGCACGAGUAGAACGACGGCCUCUUCCCGGUAACGUUGUUCCGCCACAACAGGACACAAUGAAACCUGCACUAGUAACACUACUGGGCCCGCCAGGUCGGGCGGCCUGCGUCGUGCAUGCUGGUUUCAUGGAGCCAAAAUACCCACUAGUAGCUCGUAACGUGUAGUUUGUCCUACUCGUGUGAAGAAAUGUCACACAACAGUGGGGGG